AUGUCCCCGCCCGCCUCGCUCGAGUUCUCCAACAGCUCGGGGGUGGCGGUGUCCUGCGAGGCGCGCGGCAGCCCGGAGCCCGACGUGCGCUGGAUCGACGCGUCGGGCAAGGACGCCGUCACGCUGCCCCGCAUCCGGGAGGUACUCGCCAACGGCAGCCUCUACUUCCCGGCCUUCCCCGGCGAGCUCUACUCCUCCGAGGUGCACACCGCGACGUACCGGUGCGCCGCCUCCAACGCCGCGGGCACCAUCCUCAGCAGGGAGAUGCGGGUCCGAGCCGGUGAGUACCACUUUACACUACCAUCGAAAACAAACAAAAAGCGGGGUAUUUGA